CAUGUGUGUGUGCGUGUGUGUGUGCGCGUGUGGAUGGGUGUUUAUGUAUAUGUACAUGAUGUAUGUGUACAUUGUGUGUAGAGGUUUAUUUGUUAGUGCUUAUGCAUGAAUAAAAUGUCUCAUUUUUUGGCUAGUUUUAAAAAAUUAAUAGCCGGUUCUUUCAAUUCUAUAAUAUUUUGUUUCAAAUUAAUAUGUAUUUAGGUAUUUAUGAAUUGUCCAUAAGUAUUAUGAUGUUAAUUGAUAUGAAACAAUUUCUAAUAAAAUAUGUCAACCUAAAAUUUCUGCAAGCAUGUUUGUGAUGAUAUUGAUUUUAUUAUGAAUUCUAAAAUCAAUUUAAACUGAAUAUUUGAAUUGAAAACUGGCUUACAGUAUUUGCAUGAGUUUGGAAUUUCUGCUGUUGCAUUCUAACUUUUAAUAUCAUUUACUGAUAAGCAAAUUAUUUUAAUUUAUUUUAAUUAAAUAAUUUUUUUCUUGGUUAUGGUUUACUGUAAAUGCAUGUUACUAAUAUUAAAAAUGCUAUGCCUUAAUCACUAAUCUUGGAUUUGAAAGGAAUAAUUGCAUUAUUGCUACAAUAGUAAUUAAAACAAAAUAUUAUUCUAAAUCAUUAUUUGUGAAAAAAAUAGUCAGUUAAGUUUUUUUUUUCUGUAUUAUAUUCUGUAUCAGGCACAUAUAGUGGUCUGGAAUGGGCAUACCAAUUUAAUUGAUAUGAAAUCUAUAUAAAUAUUGUCGUAGGAGCUAAACUUAUUGCUAUAAAAAUUAUUUUGGCAUGAUUCAAAAACAAUGUUGUCCUUAAGUGCAGAAGCUGUAGGUCUAAAAUAUUUAUUUCAAUUUAAUGAUGCCUUGUAAGCCAAGUUAAAUUGAAAAAAGAUGUUACAUAUAAUUACUUUCUCCGUAUCCUCAAACAUUUUUUUCAGUUUUUGCUAUCAAAAUAUUUUUUUUUUCAUUGCCAAGGCCCAAUUGUAGUUUAGUGUAGUAGUUAUUUUUAUAACAAAGUCAAGUGAAGUCAUUCUGUUAUUGUUGGUUGGAUUAUUAAUUUUUCACUUGCUUCUCAAUAGAGUUAAUUACAAUAGUUUAUUACUGUUGGCCAAUUGAAUCUAUCAAAACCUUCCCUGAUUAGUUAAUUAAUAUACUAAAGUGUUACAUGUAUAUCAAUUGGGUAUGUUUUUUUCUAAUGUUCCCUUUAGUUGCAUUUACAAAUGUUUCACCAUUUUGUUACUGUAUGUUUGCAUGAAGCAAUUUAUUUAAUUCCUUUUUAGUUCUAUAAAAUGUGACCUAACAACCUAGUAUUCACCCCAAGUUUAGUAUUGAUCUCGAUGACCUAGUGUUGACCCAUAGUUCAAUAGUGCAUUGACCUUGUUUACAAUCAAUGUUGUUUCCUUAGAUUCCUUCAUUCAGUAGGGUUAGAAUGUUUUGUCUUAUUAAAAUGCAGUCAGUCUUAAUUUUCUGAAAUGUUUGCAUAAUGUGAAAGUGUUUCUAGCUUUAGAAGUACAGGUGAAUCUGUCAGUUGAACAUCCUUCAUAGGGAGAGGAAGAGAUCAGCCGUCAUUAUCCUUCAAGACCAAAACCAGAAUGAACAAUCAGAGGAAAUGAAACAAAUAUUGAAGGUUCAAAGUUUUCUCCGGGGUUGGCUUUGUCGUCGCAGGUGGAAGGCUAUCGUGCAGGACUACAUCCGCUCCCCACAUGCUGAAAGCAUGCGAAAAAGGAACAAUAUUGUUUUUAACAUGGUGGAGAGUGAACGAGAAUACGUGGAACAGCUGUCUUUGCUUGUCUCCUGCUUCUUAAGGCCAUUCAAAAUGGCCGCCAGUGCUAAGAAACCUAUCAUUUCGCACGAGGAAGUUAACUCAAUUUUUCUGAACAGUGAAACCAUAUUUUUCUUGCAUCAAAUAUUUUACAAGGGUUUGUCUGCCAGGAUGGACCAGUGGCCCAAACUUUUAAUUGGUGAUCUUUUUGAUAUGCUACUACCAAUGUUAAGUAUUUACAAUGAAUAUGUUCGCAACCACCAUUAUAGUCUACAAGUUUUAGCAGAGUGCAAGCAGAGACCUCUGUUUAGUCAGCUGCUGAAACAAUAUGAGACAAAGCCCUCCUGUGAAGGCCGGUCCAUGGAGAUAUUCCUAACUUAUCCUAUGCACCAAGUCCCCCGCUACAUCCUCACACUCCACGAAUUACUUGCACACACCCCUCAUGACCAUGUCGAACGAAAAAGUCUGGAAUAUGCGAAGAACAAACUUGAAGAAUUGUCACGAGUAAUGCAUGAUGAAGUAUCAGAAACAGAAAACAUCCGCAAGAACUUAUCAAUUGAGCGUAUGAUUGUAGAGGGCUGCGACAUCCUCCUCGACGUGCAUCAGACGUUUGUUCGACACGGGAGCCUAGUACAAGUUGUUCAUGAACGAAAGAUGAGUCGAAGCCGUCUUGGUUCACUGGGAGCCAAGGGAGAAACCAAAAAGGAAGGAGUCCGCCAGUGUUUCCUCUUCACAAAGCAUUUACUUAUCACCAUGCGAACUUCAGGAGGCAAACUACAUCUUUGUAAGAUUGGUGGUAAAAUUGGUUUAAUGGAAACCACUCUCGUUGAAGAUUAUGAUCCAUUCGAUGAUGAUGGUGGUUGUAGUCCAUCUGAAUAUGAUAAUUUAGAUUUCAAGUUGAUAGUGGAACCGAAGAAUUCACCCCCAUUAGAGAUUAUCUUGGUAGCAUCCACACAGCAGGAUAAAGCAGCCUGGACCAGUGAUAUAAGUCAGUGUAUCGUCAAUUUGCAUUACAAUGGAUUAUUAGAUACAUACUCUUUAGACAGCAGUAGUUCAUCAAUUCAUUUACCACAGUGUAUCAACCCUAGACCGAGGCGUCUUGCCAGUGACCCUUCACACGACAGUCUACACCUUAGAUCAGACGCACGUCUUUUCAAAGAUGACGUGGAUAUUCGCUUCAGUAAGAUGCUUAAUUCCUGUAAAGUCCCUCAGAUUCGGUAUGCAACUUUUGAACGUCUUGUAGAGCGGUUGACAGAUCUGCGUUUCCUUAGUAUAGAUUUUCUCAACACAUUCCUUCUGACAUAUCGCAUCUUUAGCUCGUGGGAUAAAGUUCUUGAGACAUUGAAGAAUGUCUACAGAAACCCAGAUGCUGCGGAAAGGUUACUAAAUGUGUGUGAGCAGCCUUCAAGUCCAAGGAAGUUACCGCAGACCCCUGAAGUAAAUGGUGGUCCCAGAUCGCCACAGACUGCCACCCCUAAAUCACCAACUGGCAUCACAGUGGUUAAGACUUCAUCAGAAACGAGCAAACCACGGUCAUUUGACUCCAAUUCCAGUGCUCGUAUCCAUCCCUUUAGGAAAAGUUUCAUGAAAUCUGAUAGAGUUGUGGAGGGGAGUGGUGGAGUUGUGGAGAGUAAACACUUGUUAAGUACACCACCUGAAUCUCCAACAUCUCCUGAACAACCUAGCCCACCUGACAGUCCUGUUAAAACAAUGCCAAAGGCUACAAGCAAAUCUUCUAGUAUGCUUGUACCCAGGAGAGGACUUACUGCCAGUAGAUCAGCACCAAACAUAGCUGCAUUAGUUAAUAAAUCGGAAAUGGCACCUCCAUCUCCUAAAAACACAAAGAUGCACUGCUUCAGUACGUCUCCACCGAGUCAGACUGCAUCUGCUGGAGUGGUGGUGACAUCAUCCAGACAGUCUACAAGACGUUCAAGCUCAUCCACUGCUGCCACUGCCUUUGCUGCUGCCACAGCCGGAUCUAGCGUUCCAUCUCGCCUCCAACACCGUGCCAUUGUGCGUGGCCGAGGAAGACCUGGAAAACUACAAAAACAUAUGAGUCGAGAAGUUCUCAGUUCAGCCGCAACCGUAAGAGUGAUUAAUGUUAUCAGGCACUGGGUAUCCAAGUUCCCCCAGGAUUUUGUAAGUGAUGAGAAACUGAAGUGUGCUGUUAUUGAAUUUCUGGAAGAAAUUUCAGGCAAUGUAAACUUGUUACCUACUGAACACAAAUGCGCAGUGUCCGUCCUUAGGCAGUUAAAUCAACAGCCAGCUGUGACGACGUCAACACUUGAGACGUUCAUGAACAUGCCUCCCGAGAGCCCUUUGGAGGAUCCAUCAUUUCCUGCCAUUGUUUUAGCUGAACAGAUCACUUACAUUGAUCACAUGUUGCUUGUUGAAGUUCCUUAUUGGGAGUUUUUAAACCAAGCAUGGAUGAAGCAUGGGAAAGAGACGAAGGCACCUCACAUUUUGGCCGUCAUCCGUCAAUUUAACGAGACAAGUAAACUAGUUUCUUCUGAAAUUAUUCGGCAACCUACCGUGUCUGCGAGGGCAGCAGCUAUUGAUAAGUGGGCCGCUGUGGCUGAUAUGUGUCGAUGUAUGCAUAAUUUUAAUGGUGUGCUUGAAAUUACAUCAGCGCUAAUGAACAGUGCUGUAUAUAGACUGAAGAAAGUUUGGGACAAAGUUACAAAACAGAGCCGUGCAACAUUAGAAAAACUUCAGAUUCUGGUGUCGUCUGAUGGCCGCUUUAAAAAUAUGAGAGAAGCUCUACACAGGAUAGAUCCACCAUGUGUGCCUUACCUGGGAUGCUAUCUGACUGACCUUGCAUUUAUUGAGGAUGGAACACCAAACAUCAGUGACAAUCAACUCAUUAAUUUCUCCAAAAUGAGGAUGAUAGCUCAUGUAAUAAGAGAGAUUCGACAUUUCCAACAAACUCCUUACAAAGUUGAACCAGAACACAAGGUUAUUCAUUAUCUGACGGACUCCAAACGCAUACUGGACGAUGAUGAACUGUAUGCAUUGUCAUUGGAGAUGGAACCACGGCAAAGCACCAACAGAGCACGUCAUGCUCAAAGCAUCUGAACGCUGCCACUAGCUCAGACGGUACUAAUCAUUUCACCAUUCCUCUGAAAUAUGACUUCUUGUUUUCAGGCCCUGGCUAUUAGGUCAGAUCUCAGGAAUGUUUUUAUCUGGAAUUUGUUGGUGGAUGCAAGUUACCGUGGCGAUGUGAUGUUAAUUAAUGUGACAUGAUUAAGGAGAGGUUGUCAGAAGAUGUGUUUGAGUGCAACGGAUAAAGUUAAGAGGCUUUUUUGGUGUUUCUACACCAAAUAUGUGCCUAACGUACCUGUUACUCAGGUGUUGGCUAAGUGUAUACAUGUGUCAACCACAUGUGUACAGGUUUUGACCGCAUGUGUACAAGUGGUGUUGACCACGUCUUUAGGUUUUGACGACUUAUCUACAGAUUUUGACCACGUGUACAUGUGUUGACUAGUUGUUUACUGGUGAUUGUGGCUCUCAUCAUUGCCACCUCUAGUGUGUACCUGCAUGGUGCGACAACUCCAAUCAUUUUGUAGAAUUUAUGGACAAUGCUACUAGCAUGUAGGCUAUUAGGUUGCAGAAGGCAUUGAAUACCAGCCUUUACAUUAAAAAUAAUCAAAUUUUAAAUACACCAAUUUAGCUUUGGAUAUUUAUUAUAUAGAAUAUUAAACAACAUGUGCUCAAGACAUGUUUAUCUUGUAAAAUUUUUUCUACUUUGCUGAGCUUAGAUUCCUCAUUUUUUAAUAUUAUGAGAACAUGUUUUUAUUGCUAGAAUGCAUGGAGUGCCUUUUAUAAUCAUAGGGUGGGAGUAAAUGCUGGAAGAGCAAAGCUAUGUGUACCAAAAUUUAUAAUAUAUAUAUAUUAUGAAUUUUAUAUAUAUUAUAUAUAUAUAUCUUUAUAUUUAUUAUUUUAUUUACACUCUUUUACGAUGAAAACUGGGUAAUGAGAAAUUAUUUUCCAAUGAAAAAAAUGAUCAAACUUUAAUUAGAAUAUCAAGACUUUGGUGUGAAUUGGAAUAAUAAUGUAUAGUGUAGUGACAACAGCUUGGUACUCAUUAUACACUGGUGUAUAGCUUUCACAAUGUAGUAAAUGCAUUGCCAUUGCUUCAAAUACUGACCAGUAGCUGUGUGCUCAAUACCUACAAACAUAGCACACAACAUCAUUGGUAGCUUUGUUUGAUGUGUUUUUGUUUCCGUUAAAAUGCAUAGUGACGUGUUGAGAGUGAGUAUCAUGGAGUUUUGAGGAGGAAGUUUAUGAACAAAGGGAAAAUGCCAGUGGGAAAAUGGGAAAGGUUUUUUUUCUCUUUCUUAGAUAUUUCAUAAAAACAGAAAUUUAUGCAAACAGCAAAUGCUGCUGAUAAGUUGAGGAUUGUUUUAUAUGCUAUUUUGCUUUUACCACUAAACUUAUAGUUAUAAUAGUAAUUUUUAAAUGUUUUAUUGGUGGGGUUCUUUUAAGUGUAUUAUUAAGUGGCUUUGUGAAAAGUGACAAAUGUAGUCCUAGUACUUUGGUAUAGUAGCACCAGGAGCUCGCACAGGGUCUGGGUAUAUGUUCCAUUAAAGAAAUAAUAGGAAGUUAUUCUUUUUAAAAAAAAAGCUAUUAAAGUUUUACAUAAACUAGUGAUUUAUAAUUAGCAGUUUUUGAAGUUUUAUACACUUUAUAUGAUAAUCAAAUUGAAAGUUCAAAUAAGCUAGAAUUUAUAAAUUAAUGAGCAUUAUUGUAAAACUGCUGCAUAAGAAAAAAAAUUAGCAAAUAAGUUUUGGUUAAUUGAUUAUGUGAAUUAUUAAUUAAAAUUUUAAACAUAAAUGUUGUAUAUCAUUGCUAUUAUUGGUUUUAUAAGGGUGUUUAGGUUCAUAUUCUAUUUAGAAAUCAUUAGUUUAUUAAACUUGUUAUUUUUAUGUUUGAACAGUAAUCACCAGUAAAACUCAUUGAAUUCCAGGGUAUUGUCGUCUUUCAUGAAAUGGUUAUUUAUCGCAAAGCUUGGUUCAUGCUAAAUUUUAUAUAAUAAAAGUAUCAACCGAAAGGUUCCCAGAUUAAUCUCAGAUAAGAUAGUAUAAUACAUACUCAAAGUAUCGGAAUGCACGCCAUCGUGUCGGGAUUCAAUAUUUCAACAUUAAUUAUGUCAUCGUCAUUCCUAUUGAUUUAUUUAUUUAUUCUUUCUUUAUACUGAAUAUACACUUUCAAUACAUAGUACUGGUUUCCAAAGUAGUUCAGUUCUUAACUACAAAAUUUUAAAAGCAGAUAUAUACAUAUGGUAACCAAAAAAGAUGGAUAACUUAACUACAAAUUAAAAUAGAUUUAAAAGGAACAUUGAAAGAAACCUAAGAAAAAAAUUUAAAUUAUAAAUAUGGAUAUGCAAGGUAAGAGAAAAUUUAGGUUAAAUUAAGAUGGUAUUAUUGAGGAUUAGAAAUAGAAUGCUUAAAAUUUGAAAGUGUCAUAGAUUUAAAGUUGGUUUUAGUAUGAUCCGGGAGUUUAUUCCAUAAUUUAGUAGAUCGGUAUACAAAAGUUCUUUUACCUUGCAUAUUAUUCCAGGUGUAUUCGAUUAGUGUAUUUUUACUUUGACUGCGAGUACAAUAUGUAUGCAAACCAUAAUUAAAAACAAAAUUUUUCGAUAAAUAUGAUGGAGCAUAACCAUUUAAACAUUUGAAAAUCAUUAUGAGCAAUUGAUGACAUAAUUAAUGUCGAAAUAUUGAAUCCCGAUGACACGAUGACAUGCAUUUCGAUACUGGGAGUAUGUAUUAUACUAAAAUACUAAGAGUAUCAACCCGUUAUUAUGGUCAUAGUGAUUGAUUGGUCAAUUGUUAAUCAAAAGUGUUGAACAAUAGUGCAACCUGUUGACCUUCUCUGUAGUACUGUUGAAAAAUCAUUAACUCUCCUCCCUUAUUGUGCUCUGUGGUAAUACAAUAUCUUGAUAUAUUUAAAGUAAGCAAUUACAGAGAUGUAUUGUCAUUAUUUUCAGACAUACAAUUGAAUAUAGCAUCUGAUUGUACUUGCAAUAUUGAAUAAUUUAUGUAUACUUUUAAAUUUUUUUCUGGUAUUAUUUUUUUCCUUUUUUUUCACAAUAACUGUUGUAGUUACAAGUAAUUAUUUAUUGUUUUUAAUAUUUCAUAGUUUACUACCUGUAGCUAAUUUUAAUAUUUACUAUGUUUGGCUACCAAUGGUAUUUGUUUUGGAUUAUUGUAAAAUGUAGGAUUAAUUUUGUUUUCGUAUGUGCAGUACUUUGUGUGUGAAAUUUGUGAAUUUUCUCUUUUUGUAUAAAUGCUCUUUGGAUGUUAGAAUUCUGGGUAUUUAUUUAUUAUUCAUUUUUUUAUAUAUGUACGGGAUAAAAUACAGUAAUACUGCACAUUAAAGGGUGAUGAUGAUAUAGAUGAUAAUGAUUAUGAUGAUGAUGUUGACAGUGGUAAUGUUGAUUUCAAUGAUAAAUGAUAAUAAUGAUGAUCAUCAUCAUGUGGAUCAUUAUGAUAAUCAGGAUGGGAUGGUGAAGAUGAUGGUUAUUGUGAUGGUGAUGGUGAAGAUGAUGGUUAUUGUGAUGAAGAUGGUGAUGGUGAAGAUGAUGGUUAUUGUGAUGAGGAUGGUGAUGGUGAAGAUGAUGGUUAUUGUGAUGAGGAAGGGGAUGGUGAAGAUGAUGGUUAUUGUGAUGAGGAUGGUGAUGGUGAAGAUGAUGGUUAUUGUGAUGAGGAUGGUGAUGGUGAAGAUGAUGGUUAUUGUGAUGAGGAUGGUGAUGGUGAAGAUGAUGGUUAUUGUGAUGAGGAUGGUGAUGGUGAAGAUGAUGUUGAUUAUAAUGAUGAAGCUUUAUGCUAGUCAUGAAAAUGACGUUGAUGAUAAUAUUGUAUUCAUGAUAAAGAUUGUAUUCAUGAUAAUAUUGUAUUCUUGAUAAAGAUUGUAUUCAUUUUUUUCUUUUUUAAGUAUGUGUCCCAUGAUGCAAUAUUUUAAAUGAAAUAUAUCGGAUUGGUAGAUAUUAUGAAGUGUACAGAAUUACAUAAUAUAUAAUGUUUUGAUAUAUAAAUUAAUAUCAGUAUUGUGCCAAAUUCUUGAUACUGAAGUAAAUGAUGAUUUUUAUCAACAUGGUACAUCAUAGAGUAACCUUAUAUUAUAAAAAAAGAUAGGUAUGUUGUUUCAUACGAUACUAAAUCCAUUAUUUUACCUUUUCUUUGUGAGUGAUGAGUAUUGUUGUUUCUGGUUCGCUGCUUUGUUACAAACAAUUUCUUAAGUUUAUGUGAAAAGUGCAUUUUAUGAUUCUAAAAAUAUGGGUGCAUAAACAUGAAUGAUAUUAGGCAAAAAUGUAUGUUAAUAUUAUAUUAAUAAUAUUUAUAUUUAAUUAUUAGAUUUUGCUAAAUGUCUUGGCAACUAAACCAUCAAAUAAGACAAAUAUUUGAUGCUAUAUUUAUAUAGAUAGUAAACAGUUUAUUAUGAAUCUUUAAAACAAAAUAUAGUGAUUAGUAAAUAUCAUAAAUUUCAAUCCAUCUUGAGAAUGAACUCAAAGAGAUUUAAAUGUUAUUAUCACUAUUUUUUAUAUAAUAUUUAUUCUGCACCAAUGUAAACACAUCUACCAAGAGACACUUUCUUUAGUACAAGCAAUUUCUUUUCUUAAUAUUUGACUGUUGCCACCACAAAAUGGCAUUGCAAUAUGUUUGAACCAGAAUCCAGAGGCAGACACAGGAGCACACCCCCCCUCCUUCUUUCCCCACCACAUUGACUCAAAAACAAUUUUCUUACUAUAGGAGAUUAUAGCCCCACACUUUUUUACACACACUGGUAUUGCUUUCCUCAUCUUGUCCAUGCCUCUUCCCAGCUAACCUUAUCUCCCUACCCUUGUUCAAUCCUUGCACCCCAUGCUUUGAUUACUUCACUCAUUUCAAAAUACUCACCCACUUUUAAAAAAUUUUGAUCUUAAUCCUUUACAAUAAUAAUGAUGCUGAUCCCUAAAAGCUGAAUGAAGUCCAUCUAAAACCACCAAUGUAUAUCUAUACAAUGUUAUAGGGUGCAUAUACUCGCAGCAUUUUUGAUAUUUAAUUCACUGUUAUACACUUCUGUUUUUGCCUUAAGUGCUAAUAAAAGUGCCUUGAAAAAUUAUAAAUGCUGUAGAAACUGAGUGAAUAAAAGAAUUUGUCAGAGCUAGACAUCUUGUAUUUGAAACCAUUGGUCCACAAUUAGUGUUCCUAAUAUCUUAUUAACUACACUUAGAAUAUUCUGUAGUACAAGCUAUGUAUUAAUACAAUUGAUUGAACAGAAAUAUAUAUUGUUUGCGCAUAAAGGAACUAGUGACCCACUAAUGACCCUGGAUCAAUCCUUCUAACUGAGUUUUGAAGUGGAUUGUAGUAUUUUCAGAAACAUUUAAACAGGAUUUGCUUCAUGGUGUUUCAUUAACUUGCUUACUUACGUAGAUUAUAGAGUGUAUUGUAUAUUGAGCCUUUUCUAGCAGCUUGCAUUCUUAUCUGCAAGCAAUACAACUUGAGGACCAAACAAAACUAUGAUUAUACACUGUUAAUAUUUUAAGGGUUAUUUUUUAAAAUUGUUAUUGUGCAAUAUUUGGGCAUUUGGAAAUCUAUACAAAUAAAGCACUUUCCUUGUUAUUA